GGGAACCAGUAAUUCCUGUUGUUAUUCUCACGGGGGGAUAUAAAUAGAGCUGGGAGCUGUCGCCCUGCAUUGGGGAGCAGGUGAGGAGCAGGGAAAGUGCCACUGUGUCCCUAAGAGCUCACAAUCAUGUGGCGCCUCCUCCUCUUGUGUGCACUCUUUGUCCCCCACUCUCUGGGGCUCCGAAUCUGCUCCUUUAAUGUUCAGUCCUUUGGGGAGUCCAAACGGGACAAACCUGCUGUCAUGAAUGUAGUGAGAAAGAUCAUUUCCCGCUGUGACAUCACACUUCUGAUGGAAAUCAAGGACAGCAGCAACACCGUCAUCCGAUUGUUAAUGGCACAACUCAACAGCCAAUCAGAAACAAGAAAUCAAUUUGAUUUAACCAUCAGCCAAAGACUCGGCCGCAAGAGCUACAAAGAACAAUAUGGCUUCAUUUAUAGGAAGAACCUGGUGUCAGUUAAAGGAACGUACCAAUAUAAAGACUUGCAGCCGGGAGAUGAAGACGCUUUCUCUCGGGAGCCCUAUGUGGUUUGGUUUCAAGCUCCUAGCACUGAGGUCAAAGAGUUUGUGAUCGUUCCCCAGCACACCACCCCCGAGGCCGCCGUUCGGGAAAUCGAUGAACUUUAUGAUGUUUACCUUGAUGUCAAACAGAAAUGGAACUCAGAGAAUUUUAUUUUCAUGGGAGACCUAAAUGCCGGCUGCUCCUACGUGCCCAAGAAAUCCUGGAAGAACAUCCGUCUCCGGAAUCACACCGAGUUCGUUUGGCUGAUUGGGGACAACAAUGAUACGACAGUGAAGUCCAGCACCAACUGUGCCUAUGACAGGAUUGUCGUUGUUGGUGAGAAGCUGGUCAGCUCCAUUGUACCAGGCUCUGCCAAUGUCUUUGACUUUAUGGUUGCUUAUGGGCUGACAGAAGAGCAGGCUCUGGAGGUGAGUGAUCACUUCCCUAUCGAGGUGCGGCUGAAGGAAUCCAAACGUCCGACUUCCAGGAGGAGGAAAUAUCUCAAGAGGAAAUAAGACCUUGUGUCCUUAAGACCAAUAUCCAUUGACGGAACCAACAAGGACCAAUCGUUGCUUCUUAUCUUUAUAUCUGAUAAAUAUGUGGUGUGGGCAAGUGGGAAAGGGCCCUGGGGCUCAGGGUUACUUUGCUAUGAAAAUGUUUUAUGACCAGAAACCUCCUAUAAAUGAUCUCGAGGUCCCACA